ACCCGUUGCGGCGCAAUGGUCCGAUGGCGGCGUGCCUCGCCUACGUGUUUUCCUUCGGCGCCGCGGCCCGGUACGCCGGCGGGUCGAUCGGCCUCAGCGUCGCUGGGCUGGCCAGCGCGGGCCUCGUGCCCUUCCUGCAGUGGCGAAUGCGUGUGGCCAUGCGUCGCUGCGUCGCGCUGAUGGAGGUGGCGCUGCGGCGCGAAAAGCCGGAUGUGAUCGUGGGCUCGUCGUGGGGCGGCGCCGUCGCCCUCAAGUGCAUCGAGCAGGGCUACUGGGCGGGACCGGCGGUCCUCCUCGCCCCGGCCAUCAGCGCGCGCGGAGUGUGGAACCUGGCGUGGCCGUCCUUCGAGCCGGAGCUGCCGGCGGCCGCGGCGGCGCGCGUGCUGGUGGUACAGGGGGACCGCGACGACACCGUCCCCUUUGAGCGGGUGGUCGACCUCUGCAGGAGGAAGGGCCUCCGUCUCGAGGUGGUGGAAGGAGGGGAUCACCGCCUCGUCGGCGCCAUGCUCGGCCCGACCGAGCGGCUGGCGCAGCUCGUGCGCGAUGAGUACCAGUCGAGCGCUCCCUCUCCGUCCAUCUCUUGAGUCGCCGUCCCGCGCAAACGGCUCACGGGCCCCAGACUCCGCGGCACGUUCUCGUCACGUUGUGACUUGUGCCGUCGCCCGGCUCUCUCACGCCGACACACACGCGUAUAAUUAUGUAUAUAAGUAGAG